UACUGCAGGAAAAGGUCCCGCAGAGCUGAGCAGUCAAGAUGUGUGACUUCACCGAAGACCAGACCGCAGAGUUCAAGGAGGCCUUCCAGCUGUUUGACCCAACAGGUGAUGGCAAGAUCCUAUACAGCCAGUGUGGGGACGUGAUGAGAGCCCUGGGCCAGAACCCCACCAAUGCUGAGGUGCUCAAGGUCCUGGGGAACCCCAAGAGUGAUGAGAUGAAUGUGAAGGUACUGGACUUUGAGCACUUUCUGCCCAUGCUGCAGACAGUGGCCAAGAACAAGGACCAGGGCACCUAUGAGGAUUAUGCAGAAGGACUUCGGGUUUUUGACAAGGAAGGAAAUGGCACUAUCAUGGGUGCUGAAAUCCGGUAUGUUCUUGUCACACUGGGUGAGAAGAUGACAGAGGAAGAAGUAGAGAUGCUGGUGGCAGGGCACGAGGACAGCAAUGGUUGUAUCAACUACAAAGAGCUCGUCCGCAUGGUGCUGAACGGCUGA